AUGUAGAGGGAGAACCAGAGCAGCUUGUCUGAAUUCUUCCUUCUGGGACUCCCAAUCCAGCCAGAGCAGCAGGGUGUGUUCUUCACCCUGUUCCUGGCCAUGUACCUGACCACAGUGCUGGGGAACCUGCUCAUUAGGCUGGACUCUCACCUCCACACCCCCAUGUACUUCUUCUUCAGCCACUUGGCUUUCAUUGACAUUUCCUUUUCAUCUGUCACUGUCCCAAAGACGCAGGAGCAUGCAAACACAGGUCAAUCCAUCCCCUAUGCAGGAUGUUUAGCACAGAUGUAUCAUUUCAUAUUUUUUACUGAUUUGGACAAUUUUCUUCUCACUUCAAUGGCAUAUGAUCGGUAUGUGGCCAUCUGUCACCCUCUCCACUACACCACCAUCAUGAAAGAGGAGCUGUGUACCUUUCUAGUAGUCAUGUCCUGGAUCCUGUCCUGUACCAGUGCCCUAUCCCACAUCCUUCUGGCCCCGCUGUCCUUUUGUGCUGAGAACACCAUCCCUCAUUUCUUCUGUGAGCUUGCUGCCCUACUCAAUCUCUCAUGUUCAGACACUUCCCUCAAUAAGUUGGUCAUUUUCACAGCAGGAGUGGUCGUCAUUAUUCUACCACUAAUAUGCAUUUUGAUCUCUUAUGGUUGCAUUGGGGCCACAAUUCUGAAAAUCCCAUCCACCAAAGGGAUCUUCAAGGCUCUGCUCACCUGUGGCUCCCACCUCUCUGUUGUGUCUCUGUAUUAUGGCACCAUUAUUGGACUUUAUUUUUUCCCAUCAUUCAGCAACUCCAACAACAAGGACAUAGUUGCUUCUGUGAUGUACACAGUGGUAACUCCAUUGCUAAACCCCUUCAUUUAUAGCCUAAGGAACAGAUACAUGAAGGGGGCCCUGGAAAAACUCUUUAACAGGGCAAAAAUCACAUCUCUAUGA